AUGGCGGCCCUUUAUGCCUGCACAAAAUGCCACCAGCGCUUUCCUUUCGAGGCGCUUUCCCAGGGGCAGCAGCUGUGCAAGGAAUGCCGGAUUGCACAUCCCAUGGUGAAAUGCACCUACUGUAGGACUGAGUUCCAGCAGGAGAGUAAAACCAAUACGAUUUGCAAGAAGUGUGCUCAGAAUGUGAAGCUAUAUGGGACGCCCAAGCCUUGCCAGUACUGCAAUGUCAUCGCCGCCUUCAUCGGCCACAAAUGCCAGCGCUGCACCAACUCUGAGAAGAAGUACGGGCUGCCCCACGGGUGUGAGCAGUGCAAGCAGCAGUGUGCCUUUGACCGGAAGGACGACAGGAAGAAGGUGGACGGGAAGCUGCUGUGCUGGCUGUGCACGCUGUCCUACAAGCGGGUCCUGCAGAAGACCAAGGAGCAGCGCAAGCACCUGAGCAGCUCGGCACGGACGGGCCAGCCGGAGAAGGAGCAGUUCAGCCGGCUCAGCAGCAGCAGCAGCAGCAGUAGCAGCGGGGGCGGCAGCCAUUACAACAGCCAGAAAACACUGUCCACGUCUUCGAUCCAGAACGAAAUCCCCAAGAAGAAACCGAAGUUUGAUGCCAUCGUAGCCAAUGGAGACAGUUUUUCCCCCGACCUGGCCCUGGACUCACCGGGCACCGAUCACUUCGUCAUCAUUGCCCAGCUCAAGGAAGAAGUGGCCACUCUGAAGAAGAUGCUUCACCAGAAAGACCAGAUGAUCUUAGAGAAAGAGAAGAAGAUUACGGAGUUGAAGGCCGACCUGCAGUACCAGGAGUCUCAGAUGCGGGCCAAAGUGAACCAGAUGGAGAAGACGCACAAAGACGUCACCGAACAACUGCAGGCCAAGAAUCGGGAGCUCCUGAAGCAAGCGGCCGCCUUGUCCAAGGGCAAAAAACCCGAGAAGCCGGGAACCAUGACGUCCCCAUGACAGAGUCCCCCCCACCCUCCCACCCCCUCUGCCACCUUCUGUGGGGGGCGGCCCCAGUGGAGCCGCGGACUGGGGCGAGUGGUCGGCCGGGGCCUCCCUCCUAGGUCCUGUCGUCGUGACGGCCGGUCAUCCGGCUGGCUCUGGGCCGCCUCGGUGGCCGGUUGGAGCCCUCAGGUGUGUGUGGCGCGUCACGACUGCAUGCUUGAUUGUUUCGGGUUUUAGUCUGUGGCGACCCUCCCUCCAUCCGGCGUCAUCUUGGACAGUGGUGACGGUUCAGUGUUUCAUGCCUCCCUCCUCCCACCCCACCCCUCCCCACACACAUCCUGGUGGGAAUGUUGCUCCUGUCCAGGGCUUGAUCACUGCCUCCCAGUCAUCCCAGUCAAGACAGGACUCAGGUGUUCUCCAGGGGGAUGGCUGUUGCGGGGAGAUGUUCUUGGAUUUUCUUUGUUUUGUUUUGCCCUGGGUUUAGUGAGAACUUGGUACUGUCGGUGGGGUUUUAUUUAUUACGAAAGAGAGCACCGAUUCUCACUUCAGGAAAAGACUUGAGUCCAGCUGGCCACCCUGGCAGGAGCAAGUGCCUCGGAUCUCAGUUUCGGGUUUCUAGCGGGGUAUCCAACUCGUCUCUCCUGCCACUUGGGAGGUUCAGCAACCUGACUGUAGGAAGGUGGAGGGAGCCAGCGGCCGUUUGGAGAACCCCACGAGAGGCACCUUUCUCUGAGGAAGGUGCCCUUCAGCCAGAACAGGGAUCUGCCCAGCCUGCCAAAGGCAAGGGCAGAAAGAGAGCUUGUCCAGGUUCUACUGGACUUCCCUGAUCACUUCCCAGAAUUCAUCCUAACCCCUCUCCCACUGCCACGUCUCUGUUUAGUAAAAUCUCUUCCCGGUUGAUGUCGGCUGGCCAGAGCCAAGGAAUAAAUCUAGCAAAUCCUACACUGGAGAGUCCUGAGCUACAGUAGGACAUUUAGCGGGCAGGUUGCCUCUCCCAUUCAGCCCCUCCGGGGGUGAAACAAAGGCAGAAUUAGGAAAAGAAGUUCUCCCUCUGGUGCUCUGGCAAGAUGGAAAUCAGGGACGUGCUUCCCGGGAACAGCCCGACUUCACCUGGUCGUGAGAGGUCAGAUCGAUCAGGCAACCAAGAGGAUGUAUGGAGCGCCUACGAGCCACUGAGCAUAACGCUCAGUUCUUGGGAUGUGGCAUGGUCUGGUAGAAAGGGCACAGAACUGCCAGUCAGGAGACCCAAAUUCUAGUUCCAGCUGUGCCCCUGGCGUGCUGUGUGACCUUGGGCAAGUCACUUCACUUCUCUGGGUCUGUUUCCUCAUCUGUAAAACGGAGAUACCUGCUCUCCCUCCCUCUCAGCCUGUGAGCCCUGUGUGGGACAGGGACCGGACCUGAUCUGAGUUUCCUGUGUCGACCCUACCGCUUAAGAAAGUAAACGCUGAAGAAACACCAUUACUGUUAGAAGACACUAUCCAGCUCCCACCAGCUGACAAAGAUUGGUGAUCUCCAGUAUGGAAUUUUUCCUAAAGCAGCGAAACUACUCCGGUUGCAUCCGGGGGGCCUGGCUGGGAGCCCCCGUUCCCAGGACGUCGAAUUCUCAGGAGCUUGAAGCCAGGGCCGAGGCCGGCCAGCAAGCCUCUUGUGAAAGUAACACAAACCUUGGGGUCCCUAGGUCGCUCCCCCUGGAAGGGUCAGGUUCUCUGCUGAACCAGGGGGCCACGGGCCUAGCCGGUUCUUGGAUCUUCUCUGGAAACUAAAGCAGUUAAAGGACAAAACAGUCAGGCGUGGUACGUUCAUCCGUGUUCUGCUGGGGUCUGGAGAAAGGGUUAAAAACAACGUGCCCCUCUUUGUUUUUGGAUGUUAGACCGUGAAGUGCCGUUACGUCGAGCGUGACGGCAGAAAAAACAGGCACUUAAUUUUAUACGGAACCUUUUUUUUUUUUUUUUAAAGUCUAGGCAUUUAAUAGCGAACGCAUUUUCUAGCUUUUUUCCUCGAGUUUCAAAAAGGAGACUGCCCCUGGGCUUGAAAUCUGGGUUUUUGAAACUCGCGGCACUUGUUUUAUCAUGGAAUUGACUAAGUGACUUUUUUGGAACACCGUCUUUCUUUGUAUGUUUGUAAUAUUGGAAACUUUUCAAUUCGGGAAUGCCUUAGUUUGUACAGACUUUGACAAAUGUAAGAGUGUAAAACAUUCGUGUUGACUGAAGUUCGGUUGUUGGGUUUUUUUAUUCACUUCCUGGGCCUGGACACAGUCCCAUUUUCCCCGAGGUGACAGGGUCAUUUUGAUGUCCUGUUUGUAGACCUACAGGGGUAAAGCACAGAGGUCCCAUGGUGCUAAUAUGGAAUUUUAAGUGUGUAGAGAAUAAACUGAAUUCUUUCAUUGUCCUGUUA